AUGACUUCCAAGCUGGCUGUUGGGCUUCUGGCAGUUUACCUCCUCUCUGCAGUCCUGUGUGAAGCUGCAGUAGUGACAAAAUAUAGUACAGAACUCCGAUGCAAGUGCAUAGAGACACACUCCAAAUUUUUCAGUCCCAAACUUAUAAAAGAACUCAAAGUGAUUGAGAGUGGACCACACUGCCCAAAUCCAGAAAUCAUUGUAAAGCUAGACUCAGAUGUAGAGGUCUGCCUGGAUCCCAACCAAAAGUGGGUGCAGAAGGUUGUGAAGAUUUUUUUGGAGAGGUAA